AUGGGCUUGAUAGAGAACCAUUCGAUGCACAUAGAACUACCUCCAUUGCCCAAGGAUGGCUCCCCUGGAGAAGAAAGUUCAGGGAUACCGCUGGAUCAAUUAAGCAGGAAGAAAUUAAAGACAAUCAUACAUCUUAUAACAGCUGAGUUGAAAAGUAGAGGGACAAAAACGCCUCAUAUAUUCCUACCGUAUAGGUCUAAGAUCGAUGAUGGCAAGCUUGAACAGUUUUUGGAAACAUUAUUUCCGAAUGGUGAGUUAAUUAAAACAGAUGAUGAUGGUCACAUAUUACUACUUUUAAGCAGAUUCGAUGAAUUUACUUUGAUUUGUGGAAUGAAAUACUUAUGGUGCCGUCUACCUAAUAAUGAGAUAAUAGGUUGGGAUGUCUAUUUGGAAUUUAGGCGCAGAGAAAAGGAAGCUGGUUAUCCAAAGUCUGCUUUUCUAAGCAUCAUGCCCAAAUGUUUGUCCUCUCCAGCACAUGCCUCCAUAGUGUAUGAUUUUUUGGAUUUAUUAAUAAGUAUUGCUUCAAAUUCACAAUACAACUAUUUGAGUGGGAGGAAAAUAUCGAAGAUGGCUAGUCUAUGGGCUUUUAAUGAAAAAGGAAAGAGACACCAUAAUGCAUUUUUUGACGCUACUUUAUCUGGAGAAAACAAUUUCAUAACUGGAUUAGAAAAUUGGAAGUCAUCCACUACCGCAUUAUUUCACUUAUUGCUUUCGUUUUUAAGAGCCGUUUUACCUGACAAUGAAAGGGAGACGUUGAGAUUACCUAGGACUCUUCAAUCUUUAUUGAUAUCAAACUCUUAUCCACCGGCAGACGAUACAGAUUCUUUGAAAUCAAUGAUAACUAUACCAUGUGUGGUUGUUAAAUCAACGAGAGUAUCCUCUAAUGGAUAUGAGCUUUUGAGCAAAAUCAGACAUACGUUGUCUUUCGAUAAAAAGGAUUCUUUCACAUCGAUUGAAAAUUAUACUAUUUUAAAGAAUAUAUUUCAAAAAGAGUCCACAAAAGCCAUUGUUGAAACUUUUACUGAUGAGUCUAAAAGAGUUUUAAACAGAUUAACAGUAGAUCCCAUACCAUCUAAUUAUGGUCUUCAUCCAGGUUGGGCAGUUGACGAAAGUAUUUUCGAUCAAAAUAUACCUUUGUAUUCAGAAAUCCAAAUUUUAGAUGUAACACUACAAGAUUAUUACAUAUGGACGUGGCUAUCGUCAUUAGCUUCCGACCAGACACCUCAAAUAAAGAGAUUGUUUGGUAGAAGUUUAGUUGUUGAAGCUGGUUUGAGAGGGUUUCAAAAAUGGCUAGUGGUCACUGAAGAAACAAUGAGCACGGAGGACUAUUUGAAGAAGUUCAAAAUGCACACCAGCAUCAACCCUUCCUCGGGCGAUGCUUCAGAUGGUAGGAAGAUUUCAGGAGGUCGAAAAGACAAGGUAGCAUCUUUACCUCCUCCACCACUACCUGAAAAGGAAUCUAAUUUAUUACCCAAGAUGAAGUUCGAUGAAGGUGAUUAUAAAUUAGAUGUAAGUCUAGGAGACAACGAAAGUGACUAUAUAUUUCCGAGCUUUGUCAAUGACGGUGAACUUAAUGAUUAUAAAAAAUAUUUGGAUUCAAUGAAUACCUUGGAUUCAUUUGACGAAGAUGGAUAUUCUAAAACAUUCAACGAGAUGUCUGCUACAAGUAAGCCUGCUUCAACUACUCUGAAGACUCUCGCCCACCGACCUCCACCACCGCCAAUUGAAUAUCUGCACUCAAGUCAUACUCAUUCUUCUGAGCUCCCUCCUCCUCCUCCUCCUGAGAAGCCUGAGAAUGGUUUCCUGCCUGCAAAUUCAAAUCUCGAUGCUCUCCGAUCAGAUGAAGGUCAGAAUAUGAGGUCAUCUCAACCAGCAGUCCCUACUAAUAACGCUAGCCCCUCUCCGGUUCUGUAUGAAUAUGCUAAAUCUCCCAUAUAUAAACUGCAAUCUCCCCAAUUCGAGAGCCCCAUUCAUGUGUCAGAGUCUUCUACUCUGGUCAAUCCAAGCUAUACCGUGCAAUCUGGAACACCAGUUCGUUACUAUGACUCAAGUGCUCUUAGUCCAAUGGUCAUUGGAGAGAGGCAACAGAAAACUACAGAAGGGGAAGCUUUGAAGCGAACUUCUUACUUUGACAGGGUAAAAACUGCCUCGCCUGAUCGUCUGCCUAUGUCUAUCAAUCUGCAGCAGUACAUGACCCCAACGAAUCUGUCGAUGCAGUUCGGCAGCCAAGUUUUCAACAAUUCUCAGACAGUUUCACCGGAGCUUACUGACCUGGAACUAACUAAACGGGAGGGACAUAUAUCUAAGGAUAAUUAUCAAAAUGUAUUUGAUCAGAAUUCGAUUGAGGGGCCGCUUCGGUCACCCCUUGUAUCUAGCAAUGCGAAAAACGAUAUUAACUCUCCAACAAUUUCAUCAUUAGAACACAACAAUCAUAUACCAUACUCCCCCAUAGCAGAUGUGUCUGUUCAAAAAAAUACAGUCAAGCCAGCAGCAGACCAGAAAAAGAAAAAGAAAGACCGUAAAAAGAAAAAAGAAGAGGAAGUAGAGGAAUUAAUGAUAGAGAAAUCUGCUGGAUUCCUUCCUCCAGGCCCACCUCCCCCAGGGUCUCCUCCACCCGAAUUGGCCGAAGCUUUUGCUGCCGGAGUUUCAUUAGAAGAUCUCAAUCAAUUUUCUAGUCCAGGGCUGUCACCGAAGAAAGAAAAGAAGAAAAAAAAGAGAACUAAAAAGAAAAUUGAUGUCGAACAACAGGAAGAUGCCUUGCCGAUCCCUCAAUACUACAUUCAAGAUCCACUGUCAUUGGAUGCUGCAGAGGAUCAUUUCAAGGAAAUUGGAAGUGAAAGACAUGAUACAAAGUCACUGUUUGUCGAAGAAUCUGAACCUGCAUUAAUAGAAUCUUAUUCCCAGUCUGCAAAAAGACACUCACCAAAGCCAAGUGCAAAAAUACCAAAACGGCUAGUACCUAAUAUCACUCAAGAUAUGAGAUAUCUGCUUGAUUCUGAUAAUAAAGGAAGUACUCGGAAACUUGAAAAUGGGGCAACACAUGAUUUCAAACAGCCCAAGUCUCCAAGACGCCUGAAUGAUCACAACAACAGGGCCGCAAACAGACCAAAUAAACAAAUCCAAAGUCCAUUAUCAGGGAAAUCGGACCCUGAAGAUUUAAAUCGUGAAUCAGACCAUGAUGAGACCCACAAAUAUAAAGAAGUGCCACCAAUUCCUUUGAUAAUUCAAAGCUUGCUGGGCCGGACUUCUCCAACGGUCGAAUUAAAGAAAGGAGCACGGCAAGUUAAAGGAAUGGCUGUUCGUAACCAACCCCAUAUGAAAAAAAGUAGCUUUAAUGAAGAAGUUGCCAAUGCUAAUAUUUCAGAGGGAUACAGUCCCUCUAAUUCUCAUCCUUCCUCAAAUUACGCAGCAGGCCAGACCCAGAGCAGAACCAAUGAACCUCAAAUAUUACCAGAGCCUACUUCUUCUCUGCAGAUAGCUUAUGAACCAAGCAGUGAUGACCCAGGAAUUGAGCAACGGCAUCAGAGUCCUUCCUCAAAUGGACAUGAGAUUCAGUCCCACCAACUGACCCCGCGUGAACAAAUGUAUCUGCCCUCACCUCAACAAAAUAUUCAUCAUUUCCCUCUGGGGCAACAUCAACAGCCUAAUCCAUAUCAGCAACCUACAUCAUACCACAAAUCUAAUUCUUAUCAACUGCCUAUGAUGUAUCAACAGCCGAUUAUGUACCAACAACCAAUAAUGCACCAACAUCCUAUGAUGCACCAACAUCCAAUGAUGCACCAACAGCCAAUGAUGCACCAACAACCAAUGAUGCACCAACAGCCAAUGAUGCACCAACAACCAAUGAUGCACCAACAUCCAAUGAUGCAUCAACAACCCAUGAUGAGCCAACAACCCAUGAUGAACCAACAAUCCAUGAUGAACCAACAACCCAUGAUGCAACCGCAAUCAAUGAUGCGCCAACCAUAUUUAUCCCCUCCACCUCAAUCAACUUCGUCAGGUUCCCCGAGUGGCAGUGAUGUUUCAAUUAGAAAACAUAAUAAACCUACCACAAGUGAUUUGACGGUAAUGAAUAUUCCUUCAGCAGGAAAGUUCAACAAGAAUACAAAGGUAAAUAAGGCAUCGCUAAGAGCUGCAUUCAAUCAAGGUAGUUUCGGCAUCUAA